UACAUAUGUAUAUUUAUUAAUUAUGUUUCACUUCUUCAUUUGUAUUAUAUUUAUUUAUAAAAAAUUUUCACUCUUGUCGUGGUUGCCAAAUUGACUGGUAAAGGGCUUUUCGUCUUGGUUUCGGUUUUAUAUCAAACUCUGAUGGGAAGAAAACCACCCGCGUGUUUGCCGUGCGCGGAGACCCGUGUCCCUGGAAAGGGGGAUCCUGGUAGUUGAGGGGCAUCUUGGUACCCCAACACACUACUUUGGCCCCUGCUUCAGGUAAACGGGAGGUGCAUAGUGGCCCGUAUGCAUCAAUCGGCAUGUCACAAACGUCAUCUGAUGGCUAGGGUCAAGCCCGGGGUCACUUACUGAGCACCUCGUUAAGGGUGGAGGCUGCUUCAGGGGUGACUUUCGGGCGUAUAGCUAUUGGCCAGCAUCGGUGUUAAGUAACAGAUUUUUUACUGUCACUUACAUCCCCUAAGUUGGACUCCGUGGUGGGUGGUGCAGUUGAUAGUGGAAGUUGAUUAUUUUUUUCUAUGGCUGAAAAUGAACAGAUGGUGUUCAGUUCCGCACACCGAAACAAAAGCGGGACAAUUUUCUCACCUAGUUUCAAUCUUGCUAAAUGCACAAAUUACGACCCCACUACAGCAAAAUUUCUGAUCUUAAGCUCUACAGAAAAGAAACUUUCGUCUAUAUCACCAUUUUUAGUUCAAAAAACACUUGAAGCAAAUAUUGGUAAUCCUAAAAAUGUAAAACAGAUGCCAUCAGGAGACUUGUUAAUCGAAACAAAUUCCAACAAACAAACAGCUUCACUUUUGAAAUUAUCUGAACUCGGAAACGUUAAAAUCUCAGUAACCUCUCACAACACUCUAAAUAUAUCUAAAGGCGUGAUCUCUGAUAAGACGUUACAAUCACUCCCAAUUUCUGAAAUAAUCGAAGGUCUCUCCAGUCAAGGAGUUAUAGAUGCACGGCACAUAACCAUAAAAAAAGGUCCAGAAAUAGUUACCACUCAACACAUAAUCUUAACAUUCAACACUUCUAUACUACCUGAUGAUAUUAAAGCAGGGUACCGAAACUGUAAAGUUCGCCCAUACAUUCCCAAUCCACUCCGCUGCUUCAAAUGUCAAAAAUUCGGCCAUUCUGCGAACAACUGCAGAGGAAAAGAGACUUGCUCUCGCUGCAGUGAAACCGGUCACACUUUUAAAACCUGUAAUCAGCCAGAAAAAUGUACUAACUGUUCCGAAUCUCACUCUGCAAAUUCUUGUCAAUGCCCUAGAUGGAAACAAGAAAAACAAAUACUAAAUAUAAAAGUAAUGCAAAACUUGUCAUAUUUUGAGGCCAAAAGCAAAUUUUUAAACUCACAACCUAGACUUAAUGUUUCAUAGGCUUCAGUGGUCAAAACUCCAAAAGCAACUAAAUCCAUUGGUAUACAGACUGAAAAUAAUGAAUCUGAGCUUCGGAAUACAAAACGUACC